ACAACUGAACCUGACACUAUGGGUCUUUAUCGCAGAUAUCCCAUGUGUCCAACUCUAGCCCCCAAAGCCAACUUAACCCUGGAGGGUGCCACUGAUGCUCCCACAUUAGAUGGGGAGUGCAUUAACUCAGGUGUUCAUCCAGGACUUCCUUCACCUGAGAUUACCUCUGAUCAGCUUUUUGAAGCAUUUACAAACCCUUCAGCAGGUAUUUUGAUGGCAUGGCAGUAUACUGGAAUGAAUGAGAAGUCCAAUGAUGAGUGGGAUCAUCUUGUGCAAUUCCUCAAGGACCCUUUUUUCAGACUGGAAGACCUUGGCAGCUUGAAUCACACACACAAGCUUAGGUGGUUGGAUGAAUACCUCAAGAAUAAAGCCAACCCUUUUUGA